GAGGGUGAGAUGUGCAUUGGUGCUGGCCACCGGGAAUAAAACUUGUUGCCGAGAAGGACAUUUUGGAGACUUUGUUGACUGGAAGAGGUGUCUCUGGGAUUCCCACUCCUAGAUCUUUGUUGAAGAUUGGAAAAGAAUCGAAUUAGGGCCAUGGGGACACAGAAGGUCACAGCGCCUCUGAUCUUUGCCAUCUCCAUUGCUACAAUAGGCUCUUUCCAGUUUGGCUACAACACCGGAGUCAUCAAUGCUCCUGAGAUGAUCAUAAAGGACUUUCUCAAUUAUACCCUGGAGGAGAGGUUGGAAGACCCUCCCAGUGAGGUAUUACUCACUUCGCUCUGGUCCUUGUCUGUGGCUAUCUUCUCCGUUGGUGGUAUGAUUGGCUCCUUCUCCGUUGGACUCUUUGUCAACCGCUUUGGCAGGCGCAAUUCAAUGCUCAUUGUAAACCUCUUGGCUGUCGCUGGUGGCUGCCUUAUGGGGUUCUGCAAAAUAGCCGAGUCGGUUGAAAUGCUAAUCCUGGGCCGGUUGGUUAUUGGCCUCUUCUGCGGCCUCUGCACAGGUUUUGUGCCCAUGUACAUUGGAGAGGUCUCUCCCACUGACCUACGGGGGGCCUUUGGCACUCUCAACCAGCUGGGCAUCGUCAUCGGGAUCCUGGUGGCUCAGAUCUUUGGUUUGAAAGUCAUCAUGGGGACUGAAGAGCUUUGGCCCCUGCUUUUGGGCUUCACCAUCAUUCCAGCUGUCCUGCAAAGUGCAGCCCUUCCGUUUUGCCCCGAGAGUCCUAGAUUUUUGCUCAUCAACAGAAAGGAGGAGGAAAGUGCUAGGGAGAUCCUCCAGCGAUUGUGGGGCACCCAGGACGUGACUCAGGACAUCCAGGAGAUGAAAGAUGAGAGCACGAGGAUGGCACAAGAGAAGCAAGCCACGGUGGUGGAGCUCUUCAGAUCACGCAGCUACCAGCAGCCCAUUAUGAUUUCCAUCAUGCUCCAGCUGUCCCAGCAGCUGUCUGGAAUCAAUGCUGUGUUCUAUUAUUCAACAGGAAUCUUCAAAGAUGCAGGUGUUCAGGAGCCAAUCUAUGCCACCAUCGGCGCGGGUGUGGUUAAUACCAUCUUCACUGUUGUCUCUCUGUUUCUGGUGGAAAGGGUAGGGAGGAGGACUCUACAUAUGACUGGCCUUGGAGGGAUGGCUGUUUGUUCCAUCUUUAUGACCAUCUCAUUGUUACUAAAGGAUGACUAUAAGUGGAUGAGCUUUGUUUGUAUCGGGGCUGUCUUGGUCUUUGUGGCCUUCUUUGAAAUUGGCCCAGGCCCCAUUCCCUGGUUUAUUGUGGCCGAACUCUUCAGCCAAGGACCCCGCCCAGCUGCAAUGGCAGUAGCUGGUUGUUCCAACUGGACCUCCAACUUCCUGGUUGGGCUCCUCUUCCCUUCAGCUGCAUUCUAUUUAGGAGCCUAUGUUUUUAUCAUCUUCACCGGCUUCCUCAUUGUCUUCUUGGUCUUCACCUUCUUCAAAGUCCCUGAGACUCGUGGCAGGACUUUUGAGGAAAUCACACAAGCCUUCGAGGCACAGGCUCGGGAGGGUAACAGAGCCGAGAAAGGCCCCAUUGUGGAGAUGAACAGCAUCCAGCCCAUGAAGGAAACCGCCACCGUCUAAGCCAUGCCUCCUUCCCGCCUCCCUCCCAACAUGGAAAAGCAACCUCUCCCCAGAUGAGGGAGAGACCUCAUCAGCUUAUAACCCAGGACUGUUUCUGAAUGCUGCUACUUGAUUCCUUUCUCUUCCCACACACUCCAUGAGCACUCAGAGGAACCCAGUGCAGGAGUUAGUUGUUAUCUUCAAUGGCUUUCGAAACAUUUCAUUUCUUGGACAUUCUCUUCUGUUUAGGAGAGACCAAGCCAACCUACCUUCAUUUCAGGAGGAAUUGGCCACUUGCCAUCUGACAGCAUUGUCGUCUCUUCCUCCCUUGGGUUCUAAUAGGGCCUCACCAGGGCCAAUAGGGGAGGGGAGUAAGAGUGAGGUGCAGUUUCCCCGACCCCAGACUUCCCAGGAAGCAGAUCUAUAUGAGUGUGGACGGCAGAGAGGGAUUAAAUAAGAGCACCUUUCUCGCUUCCAUACAGCUCUGCAGAGCAAAUUAACGUGAGUUUUAUUUAUUUUAUCUUCUGGUUUUAUUGCAUAAAUAUUUAUUUUUUUAAGCGUAAAAUAAUUUUACCAAAUGAAAACAGAAGGAAAUUGAGGAUAGAGGGAGGCGCUUGAAGAGAGGUUCUAGGGUAGAAGAUUUGAUACUGGAGAGGUCGAGGUGCAAUAAGGGGAAGUUUCAGGGAGAAGUAUAACGUGUUCUCAGAGGGUACCUGAUGGGGUGUGUGAAGUUUGCACGUUGCCUCUUAACCUUCAGGUGGAAACUCUCAAGUUUAAUUUCUCAGAAAAGUGAUGUGCCUGUAUUAAGAAGCUACUGGUUACCUUUAGAACUUUUUUCUUUGUUUAACAUUAUAUGUAGUGUUACUUGAAAUCUAGGGUUAUUAAGAUGGGCAUUAUAGCUAAUGGUGGUUGGGUUCUAAUUUUGGCUGGAGUCCAGAGAAGGGAAGGUUAUUUCUAGAUAUUCUUUAUCCCCUCACUGGACAAAACAACUUCUUCCCCUUAUGGUGGACUCAUUGUGAGGGGUGGGGGUUAAAGUAUUCCUAAUACCUGCCUGGUGGGAGAACCUUCCAAAUGAGCAACCCAAAACAGUGGUUCUUGGUAGAGGUUCUGUAUUUCUCCAUUUGUUCUUUAGGAGAUUUUAGUUGUUGAUAUUUUAAGCCAUAGCUUUAAAAGAAUUCAGAGAAGAAUGUUCAUAAACUAACUUGGAAUUUGUAACCUCAGCUCUGGGAGAGGAUUUUUCCUGAACGAUUAUCUAGUUGAAGUAUGUUGUUGCUAAGGGUCAUCGCAUGCUUGUUCUGUUACCAUAUUUGCAUAGUACGACGUCAAGUGCCCUUAGGGGACCAUACGUUUGGGAUAAUAUGAGUAAAUGUGCAGUGUAGCCCACACUUGAGAGAGUAUGAAUGUAUGUGCACUGUCACUUUGCUCUGGGUGGAAGUAGAUGACUGGUAACUUGUGUCCUUUAUGUACCUACAGCCCCUUUUUAAAUAGAACGUGUUCAAACUCAUCUCUAUGUAUAUAAAUAACACUGCCUCCGCUGGGUGGAAUUUGCAUCUACGGUUUUAUUCCAGACUUCAGAGUUCAGACGCGUCUGGCUACCUUUCCUUGCUGGACAGUUGGGGGGAGAACUCCUUAAAUCUUGAGAUUGAGGGUGGAGGACUCUGCCUCCCUCUAGACCCAGACAAUGGCAGUAUGAAAGGAAAAUGUGAGAUCAGAACAUGUGGCCUCUUGGAGGGGAGUCGUAGGGGAGAAGGAGCCUUUCUUUUAAGGGGUAAGAAACAAACUGAAGACUUCUAAUUCUGGAGCAUUUGAGAGAGCCAGAUGAGGUGGAGGGAUGUACACUUGCUCCAGGUCUUGGACACCCGUACAAUCAUCUAGUUUCCCAGUAUUUUUAUAAAUGGAGAUUGGGCCCCAUGACACCUACUGUCUUCCUUCUUCCAUAUGUUGCUUGAUCACCUUUUCUCUCCUUGGUGCUUACAUACUUCAGACCCUUUAGCCAAACCCUUGCCUACGACAGUAUUUUAGUCACCAGUUCUCACUGUUCCCCCUGAUCACUGAGCGUUUUGGGGAAAAAAACAGCUUAUAUGAAAUGGGGCUUGGUUCAACAGGUGACUUUAACUGCACCUCGACUUCUGGCUCCUCAAAACCAGUGGGUUGGCAGUAAUGCUGUGUGGAAGUUUUCCCAUUUCUCAGUGACCAGAUUGUGAAUAUUUCCAAAUGGAUUUUCUAUUAUUAAUGUUACUGUGGUUCUUUGUUUUGAAAUAAAAAUUCUGAAUGUAC